AUGUUGCGUCCCACUGCAUCCUGCCUGAAGCUAAGGCGCAGGAACUCCCCGUAUGUGCAGAAGUUCCUGGAGGGUUGUCCGCUUCCAGACACGCUUGUGGAUGACCUUGCGGGGGCAAACCUGAAGUCGUCCACACCGUUUUUUACCACGAUGCCGCGAUACAUUGUGGGGAAGGAAAAUCGUCUGUCCAAGUUGUUUUUCCACCACACGCUGUACCCGGCCGGUGGGGCGCGGCGGCCGUAUCGCGUGGUGGUAGUGCGGGGUGGACGCGGGGUGCGGAAUCAGCCCCAGGUGGUGCUGCCCUCCUCUCAGCACGCCUUUGCUGAGGCUUAUGGUCGUGUGCGGCAGGAUCCGGCGCGGCGGCCAUUUUUCUACGCAAGACCCGUUGCCCUGGCACCGUCUCGUCUCAGUCACGGGGUGAAUCUCAACGCUGGCGAAGGGAGUGAGAGGUCGGUCAGCUUCAGUGAGAUGACUGGUUGUGGUGGAGAGACGACAGCAGAGUCGUCGCGCGCUGCCGAGGACAGUCUGUUGGCGCCCUUGUGUGGCGUUAUCGAGAGUCAUUUUGCGGCCCUGUUGAAGCCGCAGGCGACGGACGAGGGUGGUGCCGGGAGCGGCUGUGUCAGACAGACAAUCCGGGAGGAGCUGACUGCGCUGCUGAGCGCCGGCCACGGCGGCGUCAUGGCGGAUGAGGAGGCGGCGGGAAAUGCGGAGGUGUCGAGCUCCUCCCACAGAGACCUUAUGGGGGAUAUGCUGCGGAGUGUCGCGUCAUUUCCAUCCUCCUUUUUUUAUGUCCACACACAGCUACCGUCCUCGGCUCUGUUUCUGACAACACCUUCCACAGACACAGACGUGGACACCGCCACCCAUCCCGCCUGGGCGCCUCUCGAUAAAAGUGGGGGAGAUCACACACGAAGGUCGGUGGUGGCGCGACUAGCCGGUGGGUUAGAGCCUGUCGUGCACUUCGCUGUAGGAUCCCCUUUGCUCGUGCGAUCUAGGGCAGCAUGCAGGGGUGAUGACGGGAAGGCGGCAGCUGCGGCAGGGGCAGGUGGGAUGCCGUUUGGACACAUUCAAUGCCUUCUGCGUGUCUACACAAGAGGGGGAAAUGGCGGCGAGGAAUACUUAGAGGAAAAUGUGGGGACAUCCAAGGCCCACGAUGAGCCCGCAUCUCCAAUGCACGAGUCUGGCGCCUCCUUCUUGGCGCCGCGUGGUCGUGCGAGCAAGGAGAGCGACGGUGGAGGCGCCUCUCACAGCAUUCCAGCUGGCAUUAUAGAGCCUUGGAAGUUGGGUGUGAGUUUGGACCCAAAGAUACCGCUUUAUGUGAGGACAUUGACGGAAAAACGACCCGCUGCAGUGCGCAGUGGCAGUACUGGUGGUGAUGCACUGCCAUUGUCCCCCUCACGCGUUUGUGCCUUGUUGGGUCGAGAGGACUGUGAGACGUACAUUUUGCCUCAGCGCGAGUUGCUUUUUACCUUCUAUGCCCCUGCGGAGGUGGUUGCCAUGUGUGCACAGGAAAAUGAAGAGCGCAUGCAGCGACAGGCGGCGCUGGGAUAUGGUAGUCCGACGCACGUGUUUGCGGACGGCCCACGGACAGCGCGACGUAUUUUGCAGGGAGCGCACUGCAACCAUGUGGCGGCUGAGGAGGCAGCGGCGGUGCCAAAGAGUGGCACGGGGGCCACACACACACCACAACGUGAGCGUGUAAUGUAUGAAGUUCGAGCACUGCCGGGUGAUGUUGUGUUUGUCCCGCGGGGGUGGCGAUAUCGUGUGGAGCGUAUUAUCGGUGUCGCCGUCCUGGACGCCGUCGCAACUGCGCCCGUGCAAGCAGCAAUGACAGGGAAGCAGACGGGGGCUGAGGGUCUGCCGUAUGGUGCCUUACGGGCCGCCUUCAUGCGCAACGCCUCCUCGACGUUUGCGUUCUCGUUGGGGAAGGCAAACACGGCGUUGCACGAGGCAGGCGCAGACGUGAGCCGCAUGGAGGCGGCUGAAAUUUGUGGUGUUGAGGUAGAGGCCUUUGUGUUGUGCUACAAGCCGUACCCGCUGCUGUCGGCCGAGCAGGCCGCGGCGUAUGUACCGGCCAAUUACGUGCGUCGCGGCGUCGAGGAGUUUUACGCCAAAGGUGGGAAUGACGUCUUUCACAGGUACGUGUAA